UUAGUUGUUAAAAGUGUUUUUGUAUCAACAAUAAAGAUGAAAUUCAUUAAAAUUUAUAUUGUGGAAAUUUAAAAGUGAUUUUCAGAAUCUUUUAAGUGGUUUUGUUUGUUUGUUUGUUUUUUUUCUGGAAUACAGAAUUUAAAAACGGAUUAAUAUAGAAUGUCGGACAAGGGAGAAAGAGACUAUAUUGGAUUUGCUACACUGCCAGAACAAGUACAUCGAAAAUCAGUGAAACGAGGUUUUGAUUUCACAUUAAUGGUUGUUGGUGAAAGCGGCCUUGGUAAAUCAACUCUAAUAAAUAGUUUAUUCUUAGGCGAUUUAUAUAAAAAUCGACAUAUACCUGAUGUGAGUGAACGUAUUAAAAAAACAACAUGCAUUGAAAAGAAAACAAUGGAUAUUGAAGAGCGUGGAGUAAAAUUACGAUUAACUGUUGUGGACACACCCGGAUUUGGUGAUGCAGUUAAUUGUGAGGAUAGUUGGCGAGUCUGUACAGCAUAUAUUGAUGAACAAUUCCGUCAAUAUUUUACUGAUGAAAGUGGUUUAAAUAGACGUAAUAUACAAGAUAAUCGUGUACAUUGUUGUUUAUAUUUCGUUCCGCCAUGGGGCCAUAGUUUAAGACAAAUGGAUUUAGAAUUAAUGAAACGAUUACAUAGAAAGGUGAAUAUUGUUGUAGUUAUUGCUAAAGCGGAUACUCUUACAACAACUGAAGUAAAAAAAUUAAAAGAGGGAAUUCUUGCAGACAUAGAAGAGCAUCAAAUUCAGAUGUAUCAAUUUCCCGAAUGUGAUAGUGAUGAAGAUGACGAAUUUAAACAACAAGAUCGAGAGCUUAAAGCAAGUGUACCGUUUGCAGUUGUGGGAAGUAAUACUGUUUUAGAAAUAUCUGGAAGAAAAGUUCGAGGUCGUCAGUAUCCAUGGGGUGUAGUCGAUGUUGAAAAUCCUAAACAUAGCGAUUUUGUAAAAUUACGCACAAUGCUUAUAUCAACGCAUAUGCAAGAUUUAAAAGAUGUAACGCAAGAUGUCCAUUAUGAAAAUUUCCGAGCUCAAUGUAUUUCACAAAUAUCUCAGCAUGCUUUGCGUGAAAGAGGGAAAUUGAAAAGAGAUUCAGGACCAACAUUUAAUGAAAAUGAAACUGAUCGACUUUUAUUACAAAAGGAUGAAGAGAUUCGGCGAAUGCAAGAUAUGCUAGCACAAAUGCAACAAAAAUUAAAAUUGACUGGACAAGAAAAUAAUAAACAAGAUAAUUUAAUAAAUGUUUAAGCAAAAAACGACUUUAGUGGAUUCCAGCCUCAGCGCCCUUAAACAAACUAAAAGAAGUCGUUUUCUUUCAGUAUUAUUCAAACGUGAUACAAUUUUAAA